UCCUGGCCGUUCACAGCGAGGGGGGGGGUCAGGACGGGGAAACAGCAGUAAAAAUAGAGAGGAGCUCCGGACUUGGCACCACUAACGGUUCCUCCGGGGUUCGUGAGCUCCGGUUCUCCAACGGAGACUGGAACCGAGGAGGAAGGGGAAGGACGUCCGAGGAUUACCGAGACUUGGGGGGGUUCCGUCCGGAUUACCGGGUGAAAGGGGGAGAGUGACGGCGCUAUGAGGACGGAGGUCUGGCAUCGCAGAGCGAGCUGACCUCCUAGAACCGCCGCAGCUCCGGAGGGAACGGAGGGAGGCCCGGGCGGAAACUUCCUUCACGGCGGAUCUGAAGCGGCGCUGACCCCCCGAAAGAAGAGCGAACACCGGGCAGGAAAGCCCUCCGGUUCCCUCCGAACUCCGCCGGGCGGGAGGCCGAUGCCCGCGGCAGACCGUCGCCUGCUCCGCCAUGGCCGGAUCAUGAGGUGUCUGACGUUCCUGCUGCUGCUGCCAGAGGCGCUGAAGAAGUCCCGGAGGCUCCCGGGCGGGCUCCCGGUGUGCUACGACAUCCUUCCGCUCUCCAGCUCCAAGAGGAAGCAGCAGAAGAAGAAGAUGGCUGCGGAGCUGUACCCCGCGGACAGCACCAACAACGCCAACCUGGCCAACGGCACUACGGUAGCGGACGCCGAGAAGACCAAGGAGGUGCAGCUGUGCGCACCGAGCGGCGGCAGCGGCAGCGGCGCCACCAGCCCGACCGCCCAGCAGAACGUCAACAACAACAACGUGGAGCCGGCCAGCUGGCAGUGCAGCCACCCCACGCUCCGGGAGAGGAACGCCUUGAUGUUCAACAAUGAGCUGAUGGCUGAUGUCCACUUCAUUGUGGGGCCCUUGGGGGCCUCCCAGAGGGUGCCGGCACACAAGUAUGUGCUGGCCGUGGGAAGCUCCGUCUUCUGUGCCAUGUUUUACAGCGAUUUGGCGGAGGAGGAGUCAGAAAUACAUAUCCCAGAUGUGGAGCCUGCUGCUUUUCUAAUUCUGCUGAAGUACAUGUACAGCGACGAGAUCGACCUGGAGGCAGACACGGUGCUGGCCACCCUGUAUGCCGCUAAGAAGUACAUCGUCCCGGCACUGGCCAAGGCCUGCGUCACCUUCCUGGAAACGAGCUUGGAGGCCAAGAACGCCUGCGUGCUGCUGUCCCAGAGCCGGCUGUUCGAGGAGCCCGAGCUGACGCAGCGCUGCUGGGAGGUGAUCGACGCCCAGGCGGAGUUGGCACUGCGCUCAGAGGGCUUCUGUGAGAUCGACCUGCUGACGCUGGAGAUCAUCCUGCAGAGGGAAACGCUCAACACCAAGGAGGUGGUGGUCUUUGAAGCGGUUAUGAACUGGGCUGCAGCCGAGUGCAAAAGACAAGGCUUAGGGCCCACCACCCGCAACAAGAGGGAGGUGCUGGGAAGGGCGCUGUUCCUGGUGCGCAUUCCCACCAUGAGCCUCGAGGAGUUUGCAAACGGAGCGGCGCAGUCGGAUAUUUUGACUCUAGAGGAGACUCUGAACAUGUUCCUGUGGUACACGGCGGCCAACAAGCCCGAUGUGGACUUCCCCCUGACCGUGAGGAAGGGCCUGCUCCCUCAGAGAUGCCACCGCUUUCAGUCCUCGGCGUACCGGAGCAAUCAGUGGCGCUACCGAGGUCGGUGCGACAGCAUCCAGUUCGCAGUGGACAAGAGGAUCUUCAUCGCUGGUUUGGGUCUGUACGGCUCGAGCGGCGGCAAAGCAGAGUACUGCGUCAAAAUCGAGCUGAAGAGACAGGGGGUGACCUUGGCCCAGAACCUGACCAAGUUUGUGUCGGACGGGUCGAGCAGCACGUUCCCCGUGUGGUUUGAGCACCCCGUUCAGGUGGAGCAGGACGCCUUCUACACGGUGAGCGCCGUGCUGGACGGCAACGAGCUGAGCUACUUCGGGCAGGAAGGCAUGACAGAGGUGCAGUGUGGGAAGGUGACGUUCCAGUUCCAGUGCUCCUCUGACAGCACCAACGGCACCGGAGUGCAGGGCGGACAGAUCCCCGAGCUCGUGUUCUAUGCAUGAGCCGCAGAGGAGCGCUUCCUGCUCGCCCCCCAGUCGUCACACUUAUGUAGCGUUAAGGACACCCGAGGAACGUCCCAGUCAGGGACUCGUGUUUCUGAGAGUCGACGUCUUAUCUUAUUUAACUUAUUUUCUUAUUAUUAAUAUUUAAAUGAACUUUAUUGGUUCUGAUGUAACCGCAGCUGGAACAACAUUACGUUACAUAAUCAGCUGAGCUUUAGGAGAGAACGCAUGGGCAGCGCUUUGCAUUGUGGGAGUCCGUGUGUGAUGUGGACGGCGUUUGUACACGACGGCUUGAUGCCGCUCAACAACACCAGUUCUGUAUGACAAUGCUGACAAUAAAAACAUGCAGGUUGGAGCCAACACA